AUGGGGGAUGGGGGGGGUAGUGAGGGUAUAGGGUGUUGGAUUUUGGGGGGGGGGGGGGGGGGGGAUGGGGGGGGUUGUGAUGGUGGGGUGGGGGGGUGUGGUGGAUGGGGAGGAGUGAUAAUAGUUGGUGGUUGUGAAUGGGAGUUGGGGGGAGGUUUAUUUGGUGGGGUGAUUGUGGGGGGGGUGGGUGUUGUGGUGUGGGGUGGGUUGGGGGUGGGUGGGUAUGUGAUUUCUGGGGAAGUGAAUUGGGUGUUAAGUGUUAAUGGUGUGGUUGGAAGGUGGGAUGGUGUUGUGGGGGGGGUGGGUGGGGUGUGUGGUGAAGGGGGGGGGGUGGAAUGGUGGGGGUGGGGGGGUUGGUGUGUAGUGGGGGUUGGUUGGGGGGGUGAGGGUAUGGUGUGGGGUUGUGAGGGGUGUGUGUGGGAUUGUUGGGUGGGGGGUUGGGUGUGGGGGUGGGGUUUUGGGGGUUGGUUUUGUGUUUGUGGGAGGGUUUGUGUGGGUUGUGGUUUGUGGUGUGGUUUUGUGGUGGUGUUUGGGGGGGGGGGUGGUGUUGUGUGGUGGUGGGGGGGGGGUAUGAGGUGGGGUUUGUGUGGGUUUUGGUUAUGUGGGGAUUGUGUGGGGGGGGUGGUUGUGGUGGUGGGGGGUGUGGUGGUUUGGGGGUGGGGGGGUGUGGGUUUGUGGGUUAAUGGAGGGGUAGGGGGCUGUUUGGGUGAGGGGGGGGGUUUUUGGGGGGGGGGGUUGGGUGGGGGGGGUGGGGGUUGUUUGGUGGGGGGGGUUUUUUGUUGGUUGGUGGGUAGGGGGGGGUUGUUGGACAUCUUUUGUGGGGGGGGGGUGUUUGUGUGGGGGGUUGUUUGGGGUGGGGGGUGGGGGUGGGUAUGGGGUGUGGUUUUUAUAGUGGUUGUGGUGAUGGGGUUGGUUGUGGUUAUGUUGUUUGUUAUUGUGGGGUAUGUGGGGUGGGGGUUGGGGUGGGGGGGGUUUGUGGAGGUGGUGGGGUUAUGUGUUUGUUGUUUGUUGGGGGGGUGGGGGUGGGUGGGUAAGAAAGAAAGAAAAGAUGUAAAGAGGAUGGGUGGGAAUGGGGGGGGAUGGUGGUGGGGUGUGAUUUUAUUUAAGGGGGUGGAGGAGGAAUAUGGGUGGGUUAUUGGUUGUGGGUAUGAGAGGUGGAGGAUUAAAGUGAUAUUAGGGUGGGGGGGUUUGGGUGAUGAUUGUAUGAUGUGGGGGGGGGGUGAUUGGUGUUGGGGGGGGGGGGGGGUUGGUUUGGAGGUAGGGGUUGGUGGGGUGGGUGUUGGUGGGUGUGGGUUUUGUGUGUUGUGGUUGGGGGUGGGGGGGGGGGGUGAGGGUAAUUUUGGUGGGGUUUUGGUGGGGUGGGUUGGAGUUGUUAUUGUUUGGGGUGUGGGUGUGGUGGGGGGAGGGGGUUGUGGUUGUUGGUGGGGAGAGUUGUUGGGGGUGAGUGUUUGGGAAGAGGCGGUUGAUGGGGUUGUUAGUGGUGGUUGUGUGUGGUUGGUUUGUGUUGUGGGGUGGUGUUUGUGUGGUUGA